AUGGAUCAUGGAGGGGUUGAAAGAGAUCCAGCUGUGGGGAAGAGUGCUUUAGCCCAGUUGUUUCGCAGUGAUGGCGCUCAUUUCCAGAAGAACUACACACUGACAACGGGCGUAGAACUGUUGGUGAAGGCUGUAUCAGUUCCAGAGACAAGCGAUAGUGUGGAAUUCUUCAUUUUUGAUUCUGCAGGAAAAGAUCUAUUUUCUGAAAUGCUGGAUAAACUGUGGGAGCAGCCCAAUGUCCUGUGCCUCGUGUAUGAUGUCACUAAUGAGCAGUCUUUCAACAACUGUGCCAAAUGGUUGGAGAAGCUGAGGGCUCAAGCAGUUGGAGUGCACGUCCCAGGUGUCUUAGUGGGGAAUAAAACAGACCUAGUUGAUCGUCGAGUUGUGGAGCAGAAACAAGCACAGGAGUGGGCUGAGAAUCAUGGCCUGGAAUACUGUGAGAUGUCAGUGAAGGAGAUGAAAAAUUUUGAGGCCCCUUUCCACAUCCUGGCAAAGUUGUUUCACCAACUGUACAAAGAGAAAGUGGAAACUUUUCACUCACUAGUGUGACUGGCAUGACUUGCUCUCUAAGCUUCUUCUAGUGCCCAGAAUCCUGCUGGAUGGAAUACAGAAAGAAGAAAAACGAUGAGCUAUUUGCUUCUUCAUGGUCAUCUUCUGGUAAUUCAGAAUAAACUAGAAAUAAGCAAGUGGAAAGACA